GCAAGAAAAAAAUCAUUGAACGAUGUUGGUUGGACCGAUGUCCAGGCAAAGCAAAUCUGGCAAAAGCUAAUGUAUGCGUUUUCCUAAUUACUACUGUGACACGAACAUCUCACAACCUGAAACGAACUUUUGCGAACUGAUUUAAGUUUUUAAGACUUGCACGCUACAUGCGUGUCCAAUAAACAUUCACUUUGUUUUAGUAUAGUAGAAGCAUGCAUUUGGAAUAUUUGUUUACAUUUUUCUGAUUCAAGGAGCAUUUCCAUUUUUACCUGAAAAGGGCGUUGGUGAAAUCCAGAAAUAUUUUUGACGACAAGAAUUUUUUCAAGAAGCAUGGUUCUAAGGGACAAGUUCCAAAGACAAUGAAUAUGAUUAGGUUAUACUAGUGCUUGGAAGUAAAUGACACGAGGGGGUUCAAAAUGUAUGCUACUAAACGGCGGCGGAGGACAGUCAAAACACAAAAGACACCGGUAAAAGACCCUCCCAAAAGUAACCCAAGCAAAAGGCAUAGAGAGAGACUCAAUUCAGAACUUGAUCACCUUGCUAGCCUGCUGCCAUUUGAGCAAUCUGUAAUAUCCAAAUUAGACAAACUUUCAAUUCUUCGUCUGGCAGUUAGUUAUCUUAGGACAAAGAGCUAUUUUGCAGCAGUGUUACCCGAUCGAUACAACUUGGAUAGCCAUCAUAUCAUUGGAAGAUCCCAUCUCUUUCAUGAACCCGGCUUUUCUGAAGGAGACAGUAUUUUACAGGCGCUAUAUGGCUUCAUGGUAGUUAUCACGUGUGAUGGCGAGGUUUUCUAUGCCUCCAGAACGGUUGAACAGUACCUGGGAUUCCAUCAGUCGGACAUCAUCCACCAAAGUGUUAUGGAGCUCAUCCAUUCAGAGGACAGGGAGGAAUUCAAGCGUCAGCUUUCCUGGAACUCGGCUCUUCCCCAGGAUAAAGCCAACAUGUCCCUCCACGAGCUCAUGAUGCCUGAAAACUCUAGACACCUUCAUAGAUCGUUCACUGUUAGGUUUAGAUGUUUAUUGGACAACACCUCUGGAUUCAUUACCUUAGAGAUAAGUGGAUGGAUACGGAUGUUACAUGGACAGAAUGCACGUUCUGAAGAGCCACAGCUGGCUUUAUUUGCCACGUGCUGUCCCUUCGGUCCACUCUCUCUCAUGGACAUUCCUUCACGAGAACUCACUUUUAAGUCCAAACAUAAGAUGGACUUUUCUCCCAUGUCGAUGGACAAUAGAGGAAAAGCCAUGUUUGGAUUUUCAGAUAGAGAACUGGCCACUAAAUCUGGAUAUGACCUUAUUCAUCCAGAUGACCUCAAUUAUUUCUCCUCUGCUCAUCAAGAAUUGAUUAAAACUGGUAGUUCUGGUUUAAUUGCGUACCGUUGGUGUACAAAAGAGUUUAGAUGGCUAUGGCUUCAGUCUAGCUGCAAAGUCAUCUACAAAAACAGCAAACCUGAUUUCGUGAUUUGCACUCAUAGACAACUAACGGACGAUGAAGGAGCUGAUCUUUUUCACAAGAGAGGAAACGAGUUUAAAUUGCCGUAUCCAUUACUAGACUUAGAUAUUUGCUCAGGUUUUGACUUUCCAAAUGACGAAAUCGCUUCAAAAAUGAAGAAUGUGAAAAACAAAAAGCAAAAAAAUUGUGUGCGUGAAAACUACAUACAAAGUCCGGGUCGAAAGCGAAAAUGUGCUCGUGAACCGGUGCUAAAUGGAUAUGCGGGCUACCCACAAUACAAUGGAUACGAAGGUGCAGACUUCAAACCCGACAUCUUAUACCCGUAUCCGUCACCAAUCGAACCCGACAUUUAUCGAGGUUACGCUAGUUUUCCUGGAUCUGUAUAUUCCACAGCGGAUAGUUAUCGUCUGGCGGACACAGAAAAGCACGCCUACACUAAUGGAUAUUAUUUAGAUCCUCAUAGACAAUACCAGCAUACUCUAACUUAUCCGAGCAAUGGUUAUUCAGACUUGAUGGCUCAGCCAACAAAGUUCGGUUACGAUGUGACAAAAUACGGAUUCAAUUCUUAUGACUUGGACAUUGCCAAAAAGGUCCAUUACGGUGAAGAUGUCGGUCGCUAUGACAACGAUUAUAGAAAAUAUGCAUACGAGUAUGGCAACGAGAGACUCCCUACAAGACUAAAUGGGUCACUUGAACCUGUCGAUUUAAGAUCGUCAGCCAUGUAUAAUGGAGUGGACGGAAUUGUAGGGCAUAAUCCAUGUCUAUCGACGACGUCAUCCUUGUUUAAAGAAACUAAAGUGAUAUGUUCUCCAUCUGAUAUUGGACCAAAUCAGGGAAUGAGUGCAACGAUGCCAUUACAUCACAGUUCAGUGAUCAAAAACGCUGCUAGUCCAAGGUCUCUUCAAUCCUCCAGGAACUCGGACCAUAUGGGAAGUCCCCCUGUGAAUAUAUACAACAAUAACUCCACGCGGGUAAACGUAAUAAACAAUACAGCCUCAUGGCACUGUACAAAGUCAAACCAGAAUGUUCACCCCAGCCCUAUUUCUACACCUAGAUCAGACCCCGUGGAGAGUCCGAAAGUGAACUGUGUAAAUAAGAAUGACAGUGGCAUGCUUUCUACUAGUAGUCCCGUCACCGGCGCCACCCCCGCCUCAGUGAUACAUUCAGCAAUCUCAAAUCGAACACCUCCUAGAAUGUACGACAAACAGCCCAUGACAGGCGGAAUACCUGUUCCCGUUGUUAAAACAUCACCAUGGUACCAAUACCCAUCAUCCCACACUGCAUAUGGCGAUCCAAAGGACUGGUCACUCCAAGCGGAUGAUAUGUACUCUUGUCAUCAAAAACGUGGAAUUAUUUCUGAUAAUAUGUCUCACCUUUCCAAAGUCACAAUUACAUGAUGGAUGGGUCAGUUGUUGUUUAUGUGCUUCUUAUACGUUUUAUUGAAUAAAUAUGUGUUCACACUCAUAUAAAGUCAAUUUGGUAAGAUCAUUUAUUGAUGUUUAUUUCUAUUCCAACAUGUAAAUGUAUGAUUUGCCAUUGGUUCAUCAUGAUAUGAAAUCAGCUUUUAUAUAUUUGUACAGCAUACUUAAGUAGAAGUGACGUAUGGAAAGCAAUUCAAUUACAGGAAAUAAAUAUCAAAACACGUUUUAUUUAGCAAGCGCAAUUCUUGAAAUUAUUCAUAUGUUUUUUAAACUUUUUAAAAAACCAGGUAUAUAUAAAUAAAAAAAAAUUUAACCUAUAAUUAAUGUUCAUGUUAUUACUAAUUUGUUAUAGUUUAAGUUAUUUCAA